AUGGCUGGCGAGAUGGUGAAAAAGCGCAAGGCUUGCGACAGCUUCGAGCAGCAGGCUGUUACAAGACAGCUCAAGGGCUCAUGUCGCUUUCCUGACAGCAACAAGAACAAUGGCAGCGCAGGGAGCUCACUCGCCUAUCGUGAUCAAGGCUCUGCUGUUGGCAGUCAGCACUCAUUGACGGACAGCACUGAGCAUCGUACGAGCAAAGAUAUGCGCAGUGGGAAGAGCUCUGCCAGUGCCGUCACUGACUUCAAUGCUUUGUCAUGGGGCAGUCUCACCUGCAAGCACCCACCACAAGAUGCCUUCAACUUCGGGGAUUGGCAGCAUCCCGCCACCGAAAAGCAGACCACGACGUCUGCUCAUUCAAUGAUAACGCGUGGCACCACGAAGCUUAUGACGACAAACGCCCUCUUGAACACGGGUGAGCUUCUUGAGAGGAUCAUCAGUCAUUUACCACCAGAGUCCCUCGUUACUCUUCGCCGGGUGAACAAGACCUGGAACCACAUCAUCCUCACCCUUCCAGUCACGCGUCGUGCACUGUUUCUGGAGGCCGAGCCCCUCAGCCACGAAUUUUGGGUCUACGACCGGAGCAGCCGAGUUCUCCAACCAUACGAGCCAUCUAUGCUGGAUGUGUAUGGCACCGCUUGGCGCGACCGCCAGUCCUAUUGCCGUCCGACUUCGCUCAACCCGCUGCUCUUCAUGCGGGACAAAGAUCCAAAGACUGGGGAGGAGAAGAUCGCUCCACUCCACGAGCGCGCCAAAAUCUGCGAAAGCUUGCGCUUCGUUGGUCGCCCAAACUUGAACAUGCCACUGGGCUCAUCAUUGCACCACGAUAUGUUCUUGACCCAGCCACCGGUCAGCACGGUCGAGUUUGUAUUUCAUUACCAGGACCGCAACUUGCGCCGUCAACGCAUCUACGCGCCUCUGCAAGUGAAGCGCAUUCGCGUCCGCCAACCUGGUGGUGUGCGUUUCAAGGACCUCUUACAAGCAUUCGUCGAUGCAGCGACCUUGGGCUUACGUCCUACAGCAUACGGCCCUCCUGACUUUGCUGUGCGAGUGAAGGGAAGUCCGGUGACGAAAAAGAUAGCCGCAGUGUGGAUGCUGGGAGCCAUCUUCGUGAGUGAAGAGGAAGAGAAGCAGAUAGAGGCGAUGAGAGAGAUCUGGGUGGCCCGCGACCAGGAGAAUGGAGUGUCGGUCGGAGAGCUGCCGCCUUCUCCACAGGCAAAACAACAAAUGAAGGCUAACAAUGGGCGCAUGAUCGACUUCCGGCCUACUUCUGAUGACUUUGUCGACAAGCCGCGCAAGGUGCGUGGAGAGCAGGGCCAAUGCUACGGUGGCUUGCCUCGAGGACAGCUCUUUGGGCUGAAGUGA